CUAAUAGCAGGGGACGAGUUUCUUGAGGAGCCUGUUUACCUGCGACACGAACCACCACACAUGUGAGCGAAACGAUGGCUACAAGAGAUGACUGGAGCGUGCUGGGCGAGUGUGUUAAAAAAAUAAAUGCUAACACAGCACAGCCGGAGAAAUUUUUGAGCCUUCAAGAUGGAGUGGCAGCAGACUUUAUUACCCUCACUAAGACCCUUUAUGACCUCCAAAAAGCUGAUGAACCUGCAGAAUGCAAAGGCAGCCCGUUGGCUCAGCUGGUGGUGGAAAAUUUUGAUGAAGAGCAGAUCUGGCAGGAGCUUGAGCUACAAAAUAAUGCUGUGCUGAAAUACUUUAAUACUACCAUUAUUGAGGGGUUGUCUUUUGACACAUUAACAACACUAGUAGAAAAGGAAGAGAGUGCUGAUGAUGAGGAGAAGGACGAUGAUGAUGAUGAUGAUGAUGAUCAUGAAGAAGAGAAUAUACCUCAAAAACGCUCUAAGAAAAUGGCAGUGGAGGCUAAGGACGAGGAUUACACAGAUGAGGACUCUGAUUUGGAUUUUGAUGUGGACGCUCUGGAGAUGCGAGAGAAACAGAAGAAGGAAUUUGGAAAGAAUAGCUCCAAAACAAAAGUAGUUCCUUCUGAGGUUGAUGAUAAAUUUUUCAAACUGUCAGAGAUGGAGUCAUUUCUUGAUGAAAUGGACAAGAGAGAAGGAAAGGAGGAUGAAGAUAAUGUAGACUAUUUUCAAGACCUGCCCUCUGAUGAGAACGAUGAUCUUGACUUUGAUCACAUAAGAUCGUUCGGAAAUCAAAAGCAAAGCAAAAAAAAUGUAAAGAGCUCAAGGAAUCUUAAAUACAAUGACUUCUUUGAUGCUGUGGAUGGUGAAGCAGCUGAGGCAGGUGACGAGUCAGAUGGCAAAGACGACAGCAUGGAUGAACACCAGGAGGACGAGGAAGAAGAAGAAAUAGAUAAUGAGGAAGAUGAUUAUGAGACUGAAGAGGAUGGUGAUGAUGAGCAUGAGGAGAUGAAUCAGCUGAAAGCCUCUGGUAAGAAAGUCACUUUUGACCUCUCUGGGGAUGAGGACAGCGAGGGAGAAGACAUGGCGGACAUUUUUGGAGGCAAAACAGCAAGCUCUACGAAGUCUGAGCCAAAAUCUUCAUUUGAGAAACGGCAAGAAAAGAUGUCAGCAAAGAUUGAGGAACUGGAGAAGCAUGCUCUGGGGCAGAAGUCCUGGCAGUUGUCUGGAGAGGUCACAGCACAGAUUCGUCCAGAGAACAGCAUGCUGGAGGAAGAUGUGGAGUUUGAGCAGAUAUCUAGAACGGCACUUGCAAACACGGAGGAAUCCACGCUGCAGCUUGAAGACAUCAUUAAACAGAGAAUUAAAGACCAGGCAUUUGAUGAUGUUAUCCGCAAGGAGAAGCCCAAAGAGGACGUUUUUGAAUACAAGAAGAGGCUAACACUGGACCAUGAGAAGAGCAAGCAGAGUCUAGCUGAAAUCUAUGAGCAGGAAUACCUCAAGCAGACUCAGAAACAAACUGAAGAAGAAGAGAACCCAGCCCACGUAGAAAUCCAAAAGCUAAUGGACACACUCUUCUUGAAGUUAGAUGCUCUGUCCAACUUCCACUUCACACCUAAACCAUCUGUUCCUGAGGUCAAAGUGGUGUCUAACUUACCAACUAUUACAAUGGAGGAGGUGGCUCCAGUCAGUGUUAGUGAUGCUACACUUCUCGCUCCAGAAGAAAUAAAGGAGAAACACAAGUCCGGAGACCUACUGGGUGCCAGUGAGAAGACAGCAACAGACAAGAAGCGUGAGAGACGCCUCAAAAAGAAGGUGAAGCGUGUAAAGAUCAAGGAGAAAGAGAAGAGACAGAAACUUAAAGAGGCCAGUAAAACUGGAGUGAACAACAAGCCAUCAAAGGCUGAAGUCAGAGAAAACCUCAAGAAACUCACACAAGCAGGCAAAGCCACAGUUCUGAAGGAUGAAGGAAAGGACAAGGCCCUGCGCUCCUCUCAAGCAUUCUUCUCUCAGCUACAGGACCAAGUCAAGAGUCAGAUCAAGGACAUAAAAGAUCAGUCGUCCAAGAAAAAGAAACACACAGAGGUUUCUGUCAGCAAACUGAAGUUGUAAUAGCUUUAGUUUGUGUUGUGAGAUCUUUUGAUUGUACAGAGUCAUUUAUUAUAAAGCUGCAAUAUAUUAAUUCAGAUAGUCUUUGUAAAAUGUUUCAAUUUUCAUACACCCUAAAAAGAUGGAUGGUAUUUGUUUUGUGUGACAAUAAAUUUUAAUUGACCAACAAA